AAACGGAAGUAGGUGAGGGGUGAAUAUCUCGCGUUGUCAUGAACCGGAUGUAGAAGCAACGUGCACACGUGUUUGUAGCGUUUCAGAAACUAAGCCUGGGUUCCACUUAUUGUUGAGAAACAGCCAUCAUGACGUCUUUGGCUCACCAGCUGAAGAGGCUCGCGUUGCCUCAGAGCGACCCCAACCUGCUCACUCGCAGAGAGGUCGCCUCACUCCUCUUUGACCCCAAAGAUGCUGCGUCCAUGGACAGGAGCACCUUCUAUGCCCUCGGCUGCACAGGACUGGAGGAGCUGCUGGGAAUCGAACCAGCAUUCCUGGAGUUUCAGGACACUUUGUUCAGCCGGGCCUCGUUGACUCUAGAGCGCAGUGUCCAGUCCAAAGAGGUCAAUGAGAAGCUGGAUGCCAGCAUCUCGCUUUUCCUCACCCGCCUCUGCCCGUACUUCCUCCUCAAACCGGCUCACAAGUGUAUGGAGUGGUUGGUUCACCGCUUCCACAUCCAGCUGUAUAAUACUGACAGUCUGCUGGCCUGUGCUCUGCCGUACCACGACACCAACGUGUUCGUCAGAGUUCUGCAGCUCCUCAGGAUCAAUGACGAUGUCAGCCGCUGGAACUGGCUGCACUGCCUGCAGAAACCAGGCGUGCCAUUGUCCAGAGGAACCCUGAUCACUCACUGCUACACAGACCUCAGCUUCAUGGACUUCAUCUGCACCAUGGUCACCAAGUCCGUCCAGGCAUAUUCAGGACACUCUGGGCGUUGCUCCCAGCUCAGAGUGAUCUUCUCUUUCUAUGCUUCCACCAUCGUCCCUGCCCUGGAUGCUGUGGACAAAGUGUCUGACACCAUCAUAUCCAAACUGCUGCCUUAUGUCCAGAGGGGUCUGAAGUCGUCGCUGACGGACUACAAAGCUGCCACCUACAUGAUCGUGUGCCAGCUGGCGGUGAAGGUGGUAAUGGAGACAAGUCUGGUCAACAGCCUCGCUGUGCAUAUUAGCAAGUCUCUGGUCAAAGAACCCGUUCUGGCCAAGGAGGGUCUAGGCUGCCUCAUUGUGCUGCUGCAGAACCAGAGGGAGGGGGCUGCAGGGCCCAGAGCUUUCAGCCAUCUCUGCUCGAUGCCAGCAUUAGUUUCAACUCUUCAGCUCAUGGCGGCAGUUCACGAUGUCAGUCCUUUGCUACGUUACCUGCUGCCUCAACUGAUCAAUGCCGUGUUCACCUGCAGCUCAGGUGAGAUGGAUGAGCUCGGUGUGUUGAAGUCCAUCCUGCAGUCUCUUCCUCUGACCAAAGACCUGGACCGGACUGUGGCUCGUUUGCUGCUGGACCAGUAUCUGAGUCAGACUGAGCUCUCUGCUGAAGACAUGUCUGCUCUUGACCAGUGUCUGCUGCCUCUGGUCCGACUGUUUGAGUCCAGGUACAUUGGAGCGCUGGACAGUGUCCUCGCAGGUCAUGUGACCUACCUCAGCAGCACUCAGCACAGAUGUCUCUUCCACCGGUUCCUCUCUCUGUCCAUGAGCAGUGGAAAAUUCCAGAUUUUGGGUGACUCAGAUACGUCGCUGCUCCUUAGCCUGAAGCACCCGCAGCCUUCGCUCAGAGUGUCAGCGGUGGAGCACCUGAGGGACAUCAUCACCUCUGGACAGCAGCAGCAGAGUCUGGAUGAAGCCUUCCUGAAAGACGCCGUCAUGGACCGUCUGCAGGAUGAUGUGCCGGAGGUUGUGGCCGCCGCCCUCAGAGUGCUGGAGAUGCUGUCUGAUGUUUUGGACCCUGAAGACAUCGUGUCAUGUUUACUGUCUCUGCUGCACAGAGUGGAUCUAUCGGUGGCUCAGCACUGGUUGCCCGUGUUGACCGAGGCGGUGCGUUUACUGUCCCACCCCCAGCUGGGAAAGGCAGAUGCUGAGCUGCUGCAGAGGGCAGGCUGGAGGCUGCUCCCCUUCCUGGUGAUCACUGCCACUCAACCAGACUCAGCCCAGCUCUGCCUCGCCUCCUGCAUCGCCCGAUCCUGCAUCGUCACCCGACACCCACUCACCCUCAACUGGGCUCAAGAGCUGGAUGAGGUGAUGAAGAGAAGCUCUGAACCUGAUUUUGUGGGACUGGCCAACGAGCGCCUCGUCUCCACAUUGACCAAGAACCUGGCAAACAUGGAGCACUUCUCCAGACGGGACGCUCUGGAGAAGCUGGCUCAGUCGGUGGAGCAGCAUCAAGGCUCCAGCCUCAGAGAGAAGGCGUCAUUCCUGGUGCUGACCCAGACUCUGCUCCUCGGCUUGGGCAAUCUGGGUGAGACCCAGCACCUGCUGACUGCUCAGAGGGUCUACACAAUGCUGGAGCGCCCCCUGCUGGAGACCACCAGGGACCAUGACGCCCAGGAAGCUGAGCAUCCUAUAGUCGUCCCCUCCUCCUCUUCUGAAGCCCUGACUCUGUACCUGCACAGGUGUGGGCAGCAGCCAGGUGAACAGCUGACCAGAGAGUACAGCUUCGUUCUGAUUUCUCUCCUCAGGGACUUUAUCUCCUCGCUCAGGUGUCAUGACACCUCCUUCAAAGGUAAGGUGUGGUGGAACCCGGAGAAGUUGGACACCAACACCUGCUGUUACCUGGGACUGCUCUGCCGCCUCUUCGCCGUGAUCAUGAGUGGUGCCGGAGAGGGGCCGACCACCGGGAGCUUCAGGGAGUUAAUGAAACUCCUCAUCCAGGUCCACCUGCGUGAGCCAGUGAUGCUCUUCAGGUUCCUGUGCGUGCUGUGGGGGUACAGCUGUAACCAUGGAGACCAGCUGGACUUGAAGGUCGGGGCUGUUCUGCAGACUCAGGCCCUAUACAUGGGUAGAGGUCUGCUGAGCGUUCAGUCUGUCGCCAUGCUGGAGGAGCUGGCAGCUGCCAACUCGCCUGUGGUUCCGUCCUUGCUGUGUUGUCUCUGCUCACCGGUUCGUGAGGUCCGGAGAGCAGCCCUUGGUGCCCUGCAGAACCUAUCAGGAGCCAGCACCUCUCCCUUUCAGCCAAUCAUAGAGAAGCUUCUGAAGACAUCAGAGGAGCUCAUCGCCGACCCUGCGUACCUGAGCACGGCUCUCGGUGUUCUACACAAGCAGUGUGUGUCUAGUAAAGUGACGAUGCAGCAGAAAAAGUUAGAGACAUCGUUGCAGCAGCUGCUGCAGUGUGUUCAGACACCCUGCUGUCCCUCAUACAGCGCCGCCACCCUGCUGAGAGUGCUGAGCCAAGUCAAUGGACAGUCUGUCCUGUCUGCCCUGCUUCCUGUCCUGGAUCGGCUCCUGGACCAGAGCAGCCCCGACGCCCCCACCCUGCUCCAGGACGAGGCCCAGCUGAUGCAGCUCAUCCUGGGGAAGUACAGUGAGGCAUCAGCCCCCCUGCUGGCCAAGGACCAGAACUGCCUGGAUCUGUUCAUCAGGGCUCUGAAGACCUCCACCCUGCCACACCCCGGCAUCCCCAGUUGCCAGAUUAUCGCUCUGGAGCAGAUCAUGAAGCCAUUCUUCUCGGCCCUCGGAGAUGACAUGGUGCGACAGAAGCUGCUGUCGGCAAUGUUCGACCUGCUAGUGGAGGCCAGGAGUCCGCUGGUGGCAAACACCGUCAGCAGUGUUUUCAAAGCGAUUGUGAUUGACGGGCAGCUGGUGGCCAAUGAGCUUGCUCCACCAGAAAAACCUAAAAUCUGUGUGACGGUGCAGCAGACCCGCAGGAGCAAAAUGAAUCAGAGGAAACCUCAGGAGAGCGGUGAGGCGGGUCCAGACGGGGGCGUUGUGUCAUGGCACAGAGUUACCUUGAUCCUGGAGCUGCUGCAGCACAAGAAGAAGCUGCACAGAGCCCAGAUGUUGGUGCCAGUUCUGUUCUCUCUGCUCGCCAGGAGUCUGGAGCCAGGGUCAGGUGACCAGAGCAACAUGGAGUACACCAAACAGCUGCUGCUCAGCUGUCUGCUCAACAUCUGCCACAAGCUGUCUCCUGAUGGAGCGCCUGUGGCUCCAGAUGUUCUGGAUGAAGAUAAGUUCAGUGUGGAGCUGGUGGUUCAGUGUAUCAGAGUGUCCAACAUGCCACAGACUCACCACCACGCUCUGCUUCUGCUGGGCACCGUCGCCACCAUCUUCCCUGAAAAAGUCCUGCACAACAUCAUGCCCAUCUUCACGUUCAUGGGAGCCAACAUCAUGCGUCUGGAUGACGCCUACAGCUUCAGGGUGAUCGACAAGACAGUUCAGAUGGUCAUACCUGCCCUGAUCAAGGCCCACCAGCUCUCUGACAUCACCUCUGCGGCUCACCUCGACGCUGUGGUGACGAGGAUCGUGCACGUGUUUGCUGACGCACUGCCUCACGUGCCUGAUCACCGACGGCUGCCCAUCCUCACCCAGCUGGUGACCACACUGGGCCCCGCCCGCUUCCUCUGGGUCCUAAUGCUGCUCCUGUUCAAGCUGCACGCCACACAGGCUGCCAGUUCUGUGACCGAGAAGGAUGUAGCUCUGGAGAGAGACGUGGACUUCUGGAUUUCCCUGUGCUGCCAGUUUGAGGUGGCCGACCAGCUCAGCUCCCUCAUCAACAUCCUGAAGUUCCUCCUGCAGCUGCCGGACGACAAAGACGACGCUCCAGUGAAACGCUCUGUCGGUCGCCGAGGGGGCAAAAGGAAGGAGGAGGAGGAGAAGGUGGAGGAUCUCAUCUUCAGCCUGGAGGCUCACAGCAGCAAAGAGCUGCGACACUUCAAGUUCCUCUGCGUGUCCUUCAUGGCUCAGCUGCUCGGCUCGGCCAGCUUCAUCGAGAAGAUUGCAGAUGGCAGCGACGUUGGGGAUGAAUCUCUUCAGCAGCUGCAGCAGAAGUUGCUGGAGGAGAUCCUGUGCUACCUCCACAGCGUGGCUCGCUGUGUGGAGGAGAACGCAGACAAGCCCACCACCAAGUUCUGGAGGGUUCUGCUCAGUAAGGCCUACGAUGUUCUAGAUAAGGUGAACGCCUUGUUGCCCACAGACAACUUCAUCACGGUGAUGAGGGGACUGAUGGGAAAUCAGCUGGCAUCAGUCAGAAGAAAGGCCAUGGAGCUGCUGAACAACAAGCUACAGCACAGGACGCAGUGGGAUGAGCAACAGGUCACCAUGCUGCUACAGCUGGCUGGCGACCUGCUGAGCAUUGUGCGUAAAGGUCACAAUAAGGUCACGGAGGAGGUGGCGGACCAGGCCAUCAACCGACAGACAGCGCUCUACAGCCUCAAGCUGCUCUGUCGCAGUUUUGGAUCCGACCACCAGGAGGUGUUUGUCCCCAUCCUGCUGCAGGCGGUGGAGAUUGUCACAUCGGCAGAGGAGGAGAAGAAUGUGACAGGCAGCGCUCUGCUCUGCAUCGCUGAGGUGGUCAGCACGCUCAAGGCGCUGGCCAUCCCACAGCUCCCCAGACUGAUGCCGGCGGUUUUGCACACGUUGACCGACAGGAAGGAGCUUCUGACGAGUGAGAUCUACUUGCUGAGCGCUGUCACUGCCCUACAGCGGGUCACUGAGACACUACCGCACUUCAUCAGCCCCUACCUGCAGGACAUCACCUCACAGGUUUGUCGGCUGACUCGGCUGGUGGAGACCUCCUGUUCUUCCUCCUCCUCCUCAUUUGCCCAGCUGUCAGCAUGCCUCACCUCCUUGAGAGGCACCCUUGCCACCAAGCUGCCCCCCCAUGGUCCUCCUACCUACCCUCACCAGAUGUUACAGCAGCAUAGUUGUCGACAGGAAGGUGAGGACCUGCUGGGACGAGCGAUGAUCUCUAGUGAUGUGACGUUCCGUAUCGAGGCUUCGAAGCGUGUGCCGAGUAGGGGAGGGGGCGUUUCCGCGAUGCGCGUAUCGAGGCUUUCGUCGUUUAGGGGAGGAGCUGGAAAUGAUGACGUCCGAAGCCUCGCUGCCCGGCUGUACCACGUGACUGAUUCAGGACGUGGUUCGGAGUUUGCCGCGAGUUUUGACAGCGAUAUAAACCCCUCAGGCUCCAUUCAAAAUGUGGGUGUUUGAUGGAGAGUUGUGGUCAGUGAGAGUUUGGAGACAGUUUGGAUAGAGUUAG